AUGCCGAGAAUUCCCUGCCGCGUGGUGCGGCGGUGCGCGGCGGUGCACCCGCUGCUGCCGCUGCUGUUGGCGGAGUGCAGGACUUUUGACGAGGCCAGGCGGGAGUUCCAGUGGCUCGUGGACGGGGUGCCCCCCGGGCGCCGGCGGCUGGCCCGGGCCUGCCUCGCGCGGCACAGACACGUCCCGCUGCAGUACAUCCUGGGCAGCCAGCCGUUUGGCCCGGUGGAGAUCCGCUGCAGGCGGUCGGUGCUGAUCCCGCGGUGGGAGACGGAGGAGUGGGCCUCGGCGCUCGCUGGGAGGGUGGGCCCGGGCCGUGGCGGGGUCCCAGGCGGGGUCCCAGGCGGGGUCCCAGGCGGGGUCCCAGGCGGGGUCCCAGGCGGGGUCCCAGGCGGGGUCCCAGGCGGGGUCCCCCUGCGCGCGGUGGAUCUUUGCACUGGGACCGGGUGCGUGCCGAUCCUGCUGCGGGCGGAGUGGGCGUGGGCGGCUGCAGCGGUGGAGUGGCUCGCAGUGGACUGUGCCCCUGCCGCGGUGGCGCUGGCGGCUGCGAACGAGAGGAGGACCCGGGCGGGGCGCUCGGUCGGGGAGAUCCGCGUUGUGAGCGGGGACGUUCUGCAGGGACCGGCGGACUGCAGUGCUGUCCCGCCGAGGAUCCACUUGCUGACUUGUAACCCGCCGUAUAUCCCCGCGGAGCGGUUCCUCGCUGACGUGAGUGUCUCUGUGAGGGUGUACGAGCCGAGGCUUGCGUUAGUUGGUGAACUGCAUUUCUACAGGAACCUCGUGGAGAAGUGGCUCGACAGAACAGAUUCGUUUGUGUACGAGUUGGGGGAAUUCAAACAGGCCAAAUACGUAAGGGACUGCAUUGCAGCAGACGGCAGACUCAACAAAAUGUGGUCUGUCGGUGUUAAAUUCGACUCAGCGGGGAAAAUAAGGUGCGUCUAUGGGUACAGAAAUGAUGCAACUCUCGAUUACAAGAGUAUCUACCAAGAGUUCGGUAAUCUUAUAUACACUCCGCGCCUAUAA